AGUCCCGCUCUUUCUUCUGACGAAAGAGAUUGAUCUUGUUUUGUUUUUUAGAAAUUUGUGUAUUGCUUUAAUUUUCCUGUAUGGAAUUUACUUAUAACAGUUUGGUUAUAUAAAUCGAUCAAUUUGUGUAUUGAACAUGUGGAAUUCAAUGGAUGAUGGUGGCUUUGGUAAAAGUCGUUUUGAUCAGCAGUCAGGUGGUGGCUUUUUAAAUACAUCGGCUAUAAAUUCUCCCAGUACUUCAGAUAAGAAAAAACCUGAUAGAAUUACGAAUGUUGUCCCUUGCACUAUUGCACAAAUACAUUCUAUGCCAGAAUCCGAUGAUAGUUUAAAAAUUGGAUCUUUAAGUGCAAAAAUUAUAACAUUUGUUGGGUUUGUAAAGAGUGCUGAUAUUCAGACUACUAAAAUAACUUAUAUAGUCACUGACCAUACAGGCCCUGCCAUUGAAGUUCAGAUGUGGUUGGGGGAAACUGAUGAGCAGAAAAAGAAGGUGGACGAGAUUCCUGAGGAGUCUUAUGCAAGAGUGACAGGUGCUGUGCGAUCAAUGAAAGGAAAACGACAUGUCAUUGCCUUCAAUGUGCAACCCAUCCAGCAUCUCAAUGAACUCACAAUGCACAUUGCAGAAGUAAUACAUACUUCCAUGUCUGUAGCUGUUAUGGACAAACAGAGUGCUACCUCAGGUCUUGGUUCAAGUUCUAUGAUGACUUCUGGCACGACAGAAUCAGCCAUGGACACCUUUGAUGCUGGCAACUCCAGGAAACUCACAAAGCCUCAGCAAUUAGUGAAGCAGGCUAUCAUUAAUUGUAAAGAUGAACAAGGAAUAAAUGUAAUGGAGCUGUAUAAUAGCUUAAAAUCUCUCAGUCGUCAGUCCAUUCAGGAAGCUCUGGAUUUCCUGAGCAACGAAGGACACAUUUAUUCUACCAUUGAUGAAGAUCAUUUUAAAUCCACUGAUUGCGUUUAAAGAAAAAUUUGUUUAUUCUUCAUUGCAUUGUUUCUUUUCUUCUAUUUUGUAAUAAACUAUUUUCUGUUCAA